UUUUAAGUAAAUGAUAAUAUAUAUUUUAAUAAGUCUUGCUGCUCCUCGAUGGUGAUUUUUAACAUUUUUUUCCUAUAUAUAUGACCUUGGGGAAAGCAAUAAGGAAUCCAUUGGCCGUUUUUCUUGGCUUUACUCUCCUAGCCAUUUAAACGUAAAGCAGUGUACCGGCGGCAGUGAUGGGAGUGGCGGUGAUCGGAGGUGGGAUAAAAGGGUUGGUUUCGGCCUACGUACUGGCCAAAGCCGGCGUGGACGCGGUGGUUUACGAGAAAGAAGAACAAUUAGGCGGCUAUGCAAAGACUGUUAACUUCGACGCCCUUGAUUUAGACCUUGGCUUCUUGUUUCUCGAUCCAGCAAGAUAUGCCACACUGUUGAAUAUGUUCGACUGCCUUGGUGUUGAUGUAGAAACAUCCGAUGUUUCAUUCUCUGUAAGCCAUGACAAAGGCAACAAUGGCUAUGAAUGGUGCAGCCAAUAUGGAUUUUCCAAUUACUUUGCUCAAAAGAAGAAACUGUUGAACCCUUUCAAUUGGCAAAGCCUCAGAGAGAUCAUCAAAUUCGGCAAUGAUGUCGAAAGUUACCUUGGAUCACUUGAGAACAACCCAGACAUUGAUCGUACUGAGACCUUGGGACAGUUUAUAAACUCAAAGGGCUACUCUGAAAAUUUUCAAAACACUUAUCUGGCUCCUAUAUGUGGUUCAAUGUGGUCAAGCUCCAAGGAAGAUGUUAUGAGCUUUUCAGCUUUUUCCAUCCUUUCAUUUUGCCGUACUCAUCAUUUGUACCAGCUAUUUGGGCAGCCACAGUGGUUGACUAUCAAAGGGCACUCACAUUUUGUUAAAAGGGUUAGGGAAGUGCUGGAGACUAAAGGUUGUCAAUUUAAACUAGGUUGUGAAGUACAAUCUGUUUUGCCUGUUGAUAAUGAUACCACCAUGGUCUGUGGAGAUGGUUUCCAAGAAACUUACAAUGGAUGCAUAAUGGCUGUCGAUGCUCCCACUGCCCUAAAAUUAUUAGGAAACCAAGCAACAUUUGAAGAAACAAGAGUACUGGGUGCUUUCCAAUAUGCUACCAGUGAUAUUUUCCUUCACCAGGACAGUACUUUAAUGCCACAAAACAAAUCAGCUUGGAGUGCAUUGAAUUUUCUCAAUGGUAGCAAAAAUAAUGCAUUCUUAACAUACUGGCUCAAUGCACUACAGAAUAUUGGGAAAACAAGUGAGCCAUUUUUUGUGACUGUCAAUCCAGACCAUACCCCAAAGAAUACCUUACUUAAGUGGUCAACCGGCCAUGCAAUUCCCUCUGUUGCUGCAUCAAAAGCUUCACUUGAGCUUGGUCAGAUUCAGGGAAAGAGAGGAAUCUGGUUCUGUGGCUAUGACUUCAAUCAGGAUGAACUAAAGGCUGGUAUGGAUGCUGCACAUGGUAUCUUGGGAAAGCAUUCUUCUGUUUUGGACAGUCCAAAGAAUAUGUCACCAUCUUUACCAAAGAAUAUGUCACCCUCUUUCAUGGAAACAACGGCACGCCUCUUUGUUACUAAAUUCUUUCAACAAUAUAUAUCUAUGGGCUGCGUAAUUUUCUUAGAGGAAGGAGGCAGAAUUUUCACUUUCAAAGGAAACAUGGAAAAGUGUCCUCUUAAAACAGUUCUGAAAGUGCAUAAUCCUCAGUUUUACUGGAGGAUCAUGAAAGAAGCUGAUAUAGGCCUUGCAGACGCAUAUAUCCAUGGAGAUUUUUCUUUUCUUGAUGAAAAUGAUGGCCUUCUUAAUCUUUUCCGGAUUCUUGUUGCCAAUAAAGAGAACUCAGCUGCCUCAGGGUCGAAUAAAAGAAGGACUUGGUGGUCACCUGCUCUGUUAACAGCUAGUAUAUCAUCUGCAAAGUAUUUUGUGAAGCAUCUCUUGAGACAGAAUACUAUUACACAAGCUCGUAGGAACAUUUCUCGUCAUUAUGAUCUGAGUAAUGAACUUUUCUCUCUAUACUUGGGCAAAAUGAUGCAAUACUCUUCUGGAGUCUUUAGGACAGGAGAAGAACAUUUGGACGUUGCACAGCGAAGAAAAAUCAGUUCUCUAAUUGAGAAAACAAGGAUAGAGAAAUGGCAUGAAGUUCUCGACAUUGGGUGCGGUUGGGGAAGCUUAGCUAUUGAAACUGUGAAAAGAACAGGAUGCAAAUAUACUGGCAUCACUCUAUCAGAACAGCAACUGGAAUAUGCUCAAGAAAAAGUGAAGGAAGCUGGACUCGAGGAUAACAUCAAAAUACUUCUCUGUGACUAUCGCCAGUUACCUAAGGAACACCAAUUUGACAGAAUCAUAUCUGUAGAGAUGGUAGAACAUGUUGGUGAAGAAUAUAUUGAGGAAUUUUACAGAUGCUGUGAUCAAUUACUGAAAGAAGAUGGACUUUUCGUUCUACAGUUCAUAUCUAUCCCAGAGGAGCUUUCCAAAGAAAUCCAGCAAACAGCUGGUUUUCUUAAGGAAUAUAUAUUCCCUGGUGGAACCCUGCUUUCUUUGGAUAGGAAUUUAUCAGCCAUGGCUGCUGCAACAAGAUUCAGUGUGGAGCAUGUGGAAAACAUAGGAAUGAGUUAUUACCACACACUGAGAUGGUGGAGAAAACUUUUCCUGGAAAACACAAGCAAAGUUCUGGCUUUGGGGUUCGACGAGAAGUUCAUGCGGACAUGGGAAUACUAUUUUGAUUACUGUGCUGCUGGUUUUAAGACAGGAACCCUUACAGAUUACCAGGUUGUAUUUUCGCGAGCUGGUAAUUUCGGUACACUUGGAGAUCCAUACAAAGGUUUCCGUUCUGCAUAUUCCUUCAUGGAUGAUUGAACAAAGUGUUUGAAUAUAUGAUCACCAUACAAUGAUUCAACCAGCUGGAUCAAACUGGUACCAGUGUUUACCUAGUCCCCUGCUUUUGUUUACUUAUGGUUUUCGUUUCGUUGCGAAAAAGAAAUAAGCAAAUAAUGUAUGUUAAUAAUGAAAUGUUUGUAUCUGGUAUAUCUAUGCUGGUUGGAUAUUAUGUAUGGAGAUCUGUUUCUUUUUAAGAA